AUGUUCCUGUUCUCUUACUUUUAUCCGGAGACAUCUCCGACUGCCCCGCCCCUCUCCAACGACCCGCCCUCUGCUCUUCGACCUUCCGAUACUUUCAAGGAGCCUAGUAAAGAGGAGGUUCCCGAGAGAAAUGCCCCAUUGGACGAGAUAUGGGACUUUUUUGAGACCGGCCUUGAACGACUCUACACUCUAGUAGCCAACCCAUCACUCCAGGCCAUGUCGUACACAUACUACGCUAUGCUGUACUCUCAUGCCUGCGACAUUCACUCCAGAGAAUACGAUCGCCAUAUGCGUCCCGGCAUCAGUGAACAUCAACUGUACGACCAUUUGGAAGUGUUCUUCAUGAAGAAGGCGCAAGAUGUCAUAGAGGAACUUGCUCAUUCCGACACGUCCAGGGAAUUCAUGGAAAUUUACAGCCGACGAUGGACUACAUACGAGGCAUUCGUCCAACGCGCCAAUAAUCUAUUCCGGGGGUUCAACCACUUCUACGCGGAUAAGAGAAUCCCAGGUGUUCAAGAGAUCAACGCUUUGAGAUUAGAGCCAGGAACAGGGGUACAGCAGGCGAAUCGCACUGGCGCCUCUGCCAGCAAGAAACGGAGGGGACCAAUGCGAACGACCCGUCUGGAAACGCUUCUGGAAGAGGACGACGAUGAAGUGGAUGUUGAAGAUGAUGCCGUGGACGUUGAAGAGAGCGAUGGAGGGUACAAAUGGCCUAUUGAUAAUCAGGAUGCAGAAGUGGAUGAGAGUGAUGGAGAGUACAAAUGGCCUAAACAGAAUGAAGAGGAUGAAGAAGACGAUGCCGAUAAAGAAGCAGAUAAGAGCGAAGAAGAGUUUUGCAUCGUGUGA